CGCACAGCUCCUUCUGCACGAUGUCACUUACUUUUAACGGUGCUUAGGAAAAUUACCAUUUAUAUCUCUCUUGACUAGGCAUAAAUUGUGUCAGAAAAUACUAGAGCCGCCGAGUUCAUGAACUAAAUAUUUUCGUCAGUGUUAUCAUUCUUAUCAUUUUGAAUAAACAUAAAAAAAUUAAUAGCCUUUUCUACAGUUACAAAUAAUAUUUUGUACCUAUUGUGAGUGAACAUGAUAAAGUAUUCGUGACUACGGGACAGCCUUCAAGAGAAAUAUUCAAUAACAAAAUAGACAGUACCAUUUCACGAUGUAUCAAAGUAUACUCGUUAUACUUUUGCUGUUUCAUUGCACGCACUCGCAAGAUGCCAACUGUGACUUCAGUCAAAGAGUAGUUCCUGGCAAUAGAUAUAUGUUGGCAAGUCCUAACUAUCCAUACAGCUAUAAUCGUGGCUCACAAUGCCGUUGGGUAUUUUACUACGAUUCCGGAAACCAGUACAAUAUCAGGAUGGAUUGCUCGGACAUUAAUAUGCCACAGUCAGCGUCAUGUAGCGUGGAUAGAUUCCUCGUCUCGAGGUCAGGAGAUAUGAGUCUAUCUGGUGCAGACUACUACUGCGGCCGAGGCACACUGAGCGCUGUGUCGACUGAACAAAGAAUGACCAUGGCCAUUAUAGCUUCGCCUAACUCCCCUGGAGGCAGCGUAUAUUGUGAAGUGUAUGCCCAGCAAGCAACCACCGCUCCGACUUGCAACUGUGGAGCCAUGAGAGUGAAUCGUAUAGUCGGCGGACAAGAAACUACUCCUUACAAAUACCCUAUGAUGUGUGGGAUAAGGUUCAACAGAGGCACCAUAACGUGCGGAGGGACAAUAAUUACGAACAAUCAUGUGCUCACUGCAGCACAUGCCGUGUUGGGUAAGAGGGCUGCUGAUACUACUGUGGUUGCUGGGAUACAUAACCAAAAUAAUGCGGCACAGCAAGAAUUGGGUGUUGCUUCAAUUUUGACACAUCCGCUAUAUAAUUCGAAUACCUACGAUUAUGACAUAGCUAUACUUAAAACUACUUUAUCGUUCGUGUUUGGUGAUCUCGUAGGGCCCGUGUGUAUGCCCUUCAAGUAUGCUAACGCUGACCUCAGUCCGCAAUCAGUUAUUAUGACGGGUUGGGGAACUGUAUACACGGGAGGCCCGACAUCCGCAGUGUUGCGCGAGGUGAAUGUCAAUCUGCUGAGCCAGGCUACCUGUCAGAGCAGAAUAACGACUGUCACGCCGCGGCAAAGGUGUACGUUUGCACAAGGCAAGGACGCUUGUCAGUACGACUCAGGCGGUCCGGUGUUGUACAAUGACCCGACGACGGGCAGACUGUUCCUCGUCGGUAUAAUCAGCUACGGACGCUUCUGUGCUUCCGACAGUCCAGGUAUAUGCACUUGGGUGCCAUCUCUACUUAACUGGAUAACACAGAAUGCUCCUUAUAGCUACUGUUAUAAAUAAAUAUUUUUUG